AGGGGAGUGGUCUGCUGAUGUAGCCGUGUUUGGAGCGCUGUUUCCCGGCCAGCCUCCCAGCUGUGACUCGCUGUGAUUUCUUCCUCUGCCCGUCUCUGUCAGUCCCAUCAGGGGCCUUUCCUCUUCUUCUCCUCCUCCUCGGCUGCCGCUCCUUCCGGUAAAAGAUGGAGCACCGUACGGUCCUCCCCGCUCUGCUCUUCCUCUCCGCCGUCUGUCUGCAGCCGGUGUCCGCCGCCGCGGCUUCACGGACGGGACCGAAAGUCACCGAGAAGGUGUUUUUUGACAUCACAGUGGCGGGGCACGAGGUGGGGCGGAUCGUCAUCGGCCUUUUUGGGGAGGUCGUCCCACUCACUGUCAAUAACAUUGUCGCCCUGGCAACCGGAGAGAAAGGUUACGGCUACAAAGGGACAAAGUUUCACCGAGUCAUCAAAGACUUCAUGAUCCAGGGAGGAGACUUCACGGCUGGAGACGGAACCGGAGGUCACAGCAUCUAUGGGACAACUUUUGCAGAUGAAAACUUCAAACUGAAGCAUUUAGGAGCCGGCUGGGUGAGCAUGGCGAACGCCGGUCCGGACACAAACGGGUCUCAGUUCUUCAUCCUGUCGACCAAAGCUCCGUGGCUGGACGGGAAACACGUGGUGUUUGGUAAAGUUCUGGACGGCAUGGCUGUGGUUCACACCAUCGAGCUCCAGGACACAAACGACAGGAACCUGCCGUACACCGAGUGUGUGAUCGUCAACAGCGGCAGGAUCCCCGUCAAAGAGCCCUUCAUAGUGGAGGUGGAGGGCUGGUAAAAGACACCGUACUGUAAAACAAAGACGGUAUACUAGAGAUCAAUCAGAAGUCGUGGUUUCAUCGUUUUCAGUUUCAUAUCGUUACUGUCUUUGCACUUCGACAUGCAAACGCUAACUAGCAGGAAGGGCUCGGAGAUGUUUUCAAACAUGGUCGUUUAAAACGUUACUUGGAACUUUCUCAGACUUCUUUUGCAGCUAAUGUAGCCGCCCCCUACUGGCCAUCAGAAAGAAUGCAAGUUUAAGGCAUUUUGCUAACCUUUAGCAUUAAGAUGAAGCUUGUGACAUGUUAGCAUAGGAUGGCUAAUGCUUCCAUGCUAACAAAUAGGACUUCUGAUUGAUUUCUUCUGUACGCAGAUAAAAUAUAAUGUCAUUUAGAUACAAACAGAUAAAACACAAAAUGAUGUCUAACAGUUGUUUUGAAAGGAGGGAAUAUUUUUAUUAACUUAGUGACAUAUAUGAAGACGUCCACUCGUGUCACUUCCAGCUCUGAGUUGAAUGCAUCAUUCAUCAUCAAGAAGUUCACAAACAUCAGCACGUUGAACUAUUCACUACGCUCAGGCUUAAAACAUAUCUCUAAAAUGUCACUUUUUGAACGAGAUUCAUGUUUGACAUGAUGCAUGUUUACAAUUUUCAGAUUUUUGUGGUUAUUUUGACCUUUUUAGAGAAUCAUGUAGCGUUUUAGUAGAGCCCGACCGAUGAAUCGGCCGAUGUUAGCAUGUCCAGUGACUUUCGGUGUCGGCUAGUUUUAUCGCAGAUAUGACUAGAUUUAUUCACCAUUUAAAUAGCAUUUCAUUUGAGUUUUAUUGUAUUACACUGGCAGUUCUCUUUCACCAGCAGAGGGCGCUAUAUGGAUUACAGUAAGCAUCAUCACUCUCCUGAGUGUAAACGAGGAUGCACGUACACGCUCAGUUCAUUUCCAGUUGAGUGACCGUCUUGUCUUUUCCACAAGUGUUUGAUUCACAUUUAAUCAAUCAAUGUGAUAAAUGUAUAAAUCUAUAUCUAUCUAUCUCUUUAGAUCAAACAUAUAUCUAAGAAAGAUGUCGGCCGAUAUAUCGGUAUCAAAUUUUUUUUCUCCCUAAUAUCGGCCCCAAAAUCGUAUCGGUCCUUAUCGGUCGGGCCCUGCAUUUUAGCAAGGGUAGCGAGGUGGAUGUUUUUAGAUCCUAUUAAUUGUGAUGAGGUUAAUGUGUGACAUUCAUUUAAAAGAAGGAUUUAUGAUUGAUGGAGCUGGAUAUAUAAAGUCGGGCGUACACUGCAUGAUUUCAAGCUGAAUAAGACCCACAUUUUUAGGGUUAGGGUGGUGCUUUGUUAGUCGUGCAGUUGAGAGCAGAGCCACGAGCGCCCCCAGACUACUUUUCCUGAUUGUUCCUGCACAAAAAGUGACAGUCUCCGAAAUCACCAUGGCAACAGAAGGCAUGCCUUUUUAAUUCAGCUUGUUAGUUAGCUUGUGUGAUGCCGGUAUGUGUAUUUGAGCCGUGCAUAUGAGACAUUUUUAAAUGCUCCAUCUUGAUUUAGAGGGUACUUAAAGCGUAUUUGAAGUGAGCUCUCAAGUCGUGCCCGACAAUCAGGUCGUACAGUGUGAGCACAUAAAUCGUGAGCUUUUGUCGUGCGUCGUAAAAGAAUCAGUCGUUCGGUUUGAGCUGACAUCUCACCACGACUUUAAAACAAUCUCACAGUGUACGCCAGGCUUUAGGGUUCAGCAGAUAGUGACACAUAAAUGUCAGUUUGAUGUCAGUGUGUUCGGUAUUUACAAGGUUCACUGUGGUUUAUGCUAACGGUUUUAACGUUAGCAUUCAUGCAUGUUUAGCGGGUGGUGCCAGUUAGCAUCAACCCUAAAAAUACAAAGAAAUAAUGAACUGUGACUCAAACUAGCCCCUCGUGAACCUCCGAGUGCCAAAUCGUUCUUUGUUUGCCACAUUUUUAUUGCACUUUCUAUGCAUCUAAUCCAGAAUUAUAUCAAACAUAUGCAACAAUAAACAAAAAAACUGUAGCAAGGGUCGAAUGGCGUUGUAGCACUUUCUAUUUAUUUUGUAGCAUCAUUAAAUUCUUUCUCAUGUUUCAAUAUCUUCUCCUCUGCAAAAACGACAGCACAAACUGCACUGGAGGAAAUGUUCAGAACGUGCAGAGUGGUGAUCGACACUGAUAAAUUGUUUGUUAUGCUGACUAACACGAGGUCAGAGAUGUCAUUCUGUCUCGUUACGUUCGAUCUUUUAACACGUGUGGUUUAUACUGAAACUGUCAUUUGAUCAAAAGAUGUUCCGACUGAUAUCCCUCACGCCACUAAAUCGAUGCAACAUAUCAGAUUUUAUGUUUUUCAUUGUUUUUAAUAACAGCAGAAGAAGAGUGCCAACAGUUGUUGUAUUUUCUACAUUAAACAUGAUGCUGUUGAUCAAUGA